GAAGGCCCGAGCAUAUGGACCAGGAAUCGAGCCGACGGGGAACAGGGUGAUGCGUCCCGCUGUGUUCACCGUGGACACGUUCAGCGCAGGUCAGGGACAGGUCACCAUCUACCUGGAUCAUCCAGACGGCACCAGAGAGGAGCUGAAGGCGGAGCCUAACGAGGGCAAGAAGACGUACAGCGUCACCUACAUUCCUCAAGUGGUGGGAGCUCACAAGGUGACGGUGAUGUUCGCAGGUCAGCAGAUUCCCAAGAGUCCGUUUGAGGUGAGCGUGGACAAAGCGCUGGGCGACGCCUCCAAGGUCACGGCCAAAGGGCCGGGAAUUGAACCUGUGGGCAACAUCGCGAACAAACCCACCUACUUUGACAUCUACACCGCAGGAGCCGGCACAGGAGACGUCACGGCCAUGAUCAAAGACCCUCAGGGCCGCCAGAACAGUGUUGAGGUGAUGAUGGAGGACAAGGGGGAUGGUGUGUACCGCUGCACCUACCGACCCAACCAGGCCGGCCCACACACUGUGACUGUAACCUUUGGAGGGGUGGGGAUCCCCAAGAGCCCCUUCAGCGUUGACAUGGGGGCCGCCUGCAUGCCGGGGUCGUGCAGGGCGACGGGUCGGGGUCUCCAGCCGACGGGGUUGAGGGUGAAACAGGUCGGAGACUUCAAGGUUGACACCAGGACGGCCGGCAGCGGAGACCUGAAGGUUGUCGUCAAAGGACCCAAAGGCAUGGAGGAGCCGGUGAAGCAGAUCUCCAGUCAGGACGGUGUGUUCUCCUACGAGUAUUUUCCCAACAGUCCUGGCAAACACUCCGUCUCCAUCACCUGGGGGGGUCAGCACAUCCCGAAGAG